GAGAUGGGUCGAGCUCCAUGCUGUGAUAAAGCUAAUGUUAAGAAAGGACCAUGGUCACCUGAAGAAGAUGCACGGCUUAAAGCUUAUAUUGAAGAGCAUGGAACUGGAGGAAACUGGAUUGCUCUUCCUCAAAAAAUUGGGCUCAAGAGAUGUGGAAAAAGUUGCAGAUUGAGAUGGUUGAAUUAUCUGAGACCUAAUAUCAAACAUGGAGGAUUCUCUGAGGAAGAGGACAACAUCAUUUGUAAUCUCUAUAUAAGCAUUGGAAGCAGGUGGUCUGUGAUUGCUGCUCAGCUGCCUGGAAGAACUGAUAAUGAUAUAAAAAACUACUGGAACACAAGACUUAAAAAGAAAUUACUUGGGAAACGCAAACAAUCAAAUAGCAAUAAUACCAAUGGCAUUUCAUCUUCAUCAAGCAGUAAUGAAGACCCAAAAGAGACUUUGAGUAACUCAGCCUUAGAAAGGCUUCAACUUCAUAUGCAACUUCAAGGCCUUCAAAAUCCACUCUCUUUUUACACACAUCCUCAGCUAUGGCCCAAGCUCCAUCCCAUGCAAGAAAAAAUUGUCCAAACCCUCCAAUCUCUCAACAAUCACAGCCCUAAUUUUAUUAACCCUAAUCUCCAAACAACAACAACUACUACUAAUCAGUUAUUACAAGGCCAACCACCCAAGGCAGCUGAUUUGUGUAUUCCCCCACAGCCUAACUCCAAUUCCAUUUCUCUUCCUUGCCAAAUCCCACCAAGUUCGGAUCAUCAAAAAUCAUCAUCUGGGCAUCAUCAAGUUUCAAACUUUAUGCAAGUGGUGGAUGGAUUUCUUGAUGAUCAAGACAAGGCUGGGGGUUUCGUAGCACAAACUGAUGAACAAGUGGCUGAAUUUGAUUGGUUUAAGGAAGUGGGUGGAUCUUCUAAGGACAGCUUGAUUUGGUGGGCUCAGAAUAAUGAGCAUGAUAUGAGAUCUGCAUCGUCCUCUAAUUCAUGGGAUUCUACUUCUGUUCUGCAAUCGGAAUUGAUGUUCCAAGAUUUUGAGUUAGGGUAUAAUCUUUAGAGGAGGAUUUUACAUUACUUUUAUGUGUAGACA